AUUGGCUAGGUCAGGCAAGCGUGAAAAAUACCAGUGAGCUAGGAAAUAUUCUCGAUCCGUAAAAACGACGCAACAGGUCGGGGGAACUUAUCGUGUUCGAAGGGAAUAUUUUUAAUCAUCAACAUCAAACAGAUCUAGGAUUAAGGAAAUGAGGCGCUGGCUAGGCACAGGCUUCCCAAGCCUAGUAGUUGGCCUUUUAGCAAUAUACGUAGGAUGUUCGUUUUCACAACGAAUAUUACCAGACUGGCCUAAGAUCGGUGACCGGAUCACCCAACCAUUCCUUGACCAACUCAUGGUUUCACAGCUUUUAGAACAGAACCUCACGUUAGGAUUCUUCUUGAAAGGUCUCAACGGUCCCCCAGGACCACCUGGUCCUCCUGGAAACGCUGGCGAACCCGGACCGGCUGGUAUUGCUGGCCCACCGGGACCUCCAGGUCACGUUGGUGAAGACGGUGCGCCGGGUGCGACAGGAACGCCAGGACCACCAGGUCCACCUGGACCUCCAGGUUUGCCGGGCGAGAAGGGUGACCCUGGCGAGCAAGGUGCACCUGGUGCAGCUGGUUUACCGGGUGCUCCUGGUUUGCCUGGAUCUCCUGGUGCUGUUGGUCCACCUGGUCCAGAACCUAUCAUGCCGAACUUCACCGUGAUCUGCGAAGGUGAGAAGGGCUGGGUACAAUGUAAACAAUACGAGCUCAUCAAGAUUACGAAAUCGUUCUGGGGACGUGACGAUCACGUGACGUGUCCCAAGUUCCCCACCGGGCUCACAAUCGACAACCUCUGCGAGACGAACGAAGAGAACACAAAGGAAAAAGUCGACGGGCAAUGUAAGGAUCAACAGGCUUGUGAAGUCGUCGCUUCAAACAUCUUCUUUGACGAUAAAAGUUGCGGCAAUACGUAUAAAUACCUCAAGAUUUGGUACGAAUGCGUUCCUGACGAGGCGAACGUCGUCGACGCUCUAAGAGACGGAGGAAAGAGACGUAAGCGAAAACGGGCUGCGAAGGAAAAGAGACACGCGGAGAUGUUGAGACAGCAGGAGAAACAGAAACGCCAUGUCUAAGAGACAACACGAACAACCAUUUUUUCACGAUCACCGAUGGACGUUCUUAUAAAUAAACUCGUUUUUGUUGAAACGGAACCAUUGUAAAUUUGUUGUUUAUCAGUGAACGAAAGGGACUAUAAAUUUAGCUUAUUGCUUAGAACUUUAAGCAGGAAAACAGCCAUGGACUUAUACAGGACUACAUUUUGCUUAAUCCUUGGUAGAAAAUUAAGCAGAACUCGUACAACUUGACGACUAAAUAUUAUGCACUUUUACAUAUCGAUUCGACUUGGCAACCUUGUAAAAAAUCUCUCACAUCAAAUAGACGAGGACCGUUUAGUAGAAAUCGCUAACUCGUACUCAGGUUGCUAAUAACGCUAUACUAUAAACAUAUUAUGCAACAAAGCUACCGUUCAUUCCAAAUAUGUUCUCCGAUGACUUAGAUAAAAUAUAUUAGAGUUGUUAAAUCUCGUGUAAAUUUCCAAUUCAAAGCUACAACUUCAUGAAUUAGAAGUCUUUCUGUUGAAAUGUCACUAGUUUUUAACGCAAUAACUAAAUCAGAGCUGGUAGACAAACAUUAACUCAACCAAACACUUUUGUUAAUAGAGAAGUUUAUCUUUAUAUGGUAACA